AUGACUACUUCAUUUAGUAAUCGUUGUUUGAACAAAAUGGACGCGCGUGUGCUGUUCCUGUGUCUAGCGCUGUUUGCCGAAGUCCAGUUAGAGUACGUGAAUAAGAAGUUUUGUAGAAAUGUAAAUCAAAGUAAAUGCAGCAUCCACAGCGUCAAGAUAGAUCCAUGCCCAGAUGGACCAGGCUUUUGUCUUCUGCGACGAGGAAAACCGUACACGCUAAGUUUUGAUUUCACACCACAUUUUGAUGCAAACAAAUUAAAAAUGUCCAUCUAUAGUGAUAACGACAACUCAGGAACUUUCAAUACGGCUGUGACGCCUCCUUUAAACGCUUGCCAGCGGCAUGCUUGUCCGCUGGAAGAAGAUGUGCGAACGGUUUUUGAUACUGAUUUUGUGUUUGAUACGAAAGCACACGGUAAAUUCCCACUUGAAUUCAAGCUGUGGAACGAAGAUGAUGAAUCCCAAGCUUGCUGUUUCUCUUUUAAAGUGAACAUGUUGAAA